AAUGAGAGUGAGAGAGGACCUAGGUGGUCAAAACCAUCCUAUAUCCCAGGCUUAUGAUUCCCAGAAAUCCUCCUCAUUAUUCCAUGAGACACCCCUAUGACAUUUUGAAUGGAAAGGUCUACAGCUGUUAUUCCAGCACCACUAGGGCAAUAGACUAACAGAGCUAUGCCCCACAUCAGGUUAGAAGAGAAAUUUGCUACUGGAAGUAGCCAACAGACAAGUGUCUGCACUAUGAUGGAUAUCCUCACUGGCAACAGCAGCAGAGAAAAGGCUGGAACAGCGUAUGGAGAUUAACUCCUUUUCCUUCCCUCUUCCCAUCCCCUCCUCCCAGGUUCUACAGCCUGUCCCACCAUGUCAAGGCAAGGCUUGGUGGGGUGGCAUAGAGAAGCUUGUAUUGCUAUCACUUCUGCCAAAUGUGAGGAAGGACUUAAACACACUGGAAUUCAGCAAAUUCACAACCAUUGCAACACUUUUAAACAAACAGAAAGAAACAAUGCACUAGGCUGGUACAUUAUGAUGGUGUCUUAAAGGGGCAUGGUUGACUUUAUCUGGUCAAUAUUUAUGCCUGCCCCUUGCUCCAUUUUCUUAGUUUUAUGUGGUUCUUCUACACAGAAGAUUCACACAACCAACUGAAAGUGAUAAUGUACAACAUACUGUCUAAUAUACAAAGGGACUAAAUGAAGGAGUCUUCUCUUUCAGUUUCCUUCAAGCAAAGGAAAACUAUUUCAGAUGUAAGGUAUUCUGAAUUAAUGGCAUCUUUCACAGUGAUAUUUGUUUUCUGUUCUUCACUCAAGUUUUUACUGCUAAUGCUGGAUUUAUUGUUCUUGGUCACAGAAGUACAAACCAUUUCAAAGUAAAUCUGGUAUGCUAAAAGACACUCUUCUUUUGCUGCAUUUCUGAGACAGCCUUCCCUCAAGAAUUAAACUCUUGCCAUUUCAAAUACUGUCCAAGUACAAUAAAAGCACACUGUGUAACUCAUUCAAGUUCUAUAGCAUCAUUAGCAUCUGAUGCCAAGCAUACCAUGCAAUUAAAACCCUGGUGCAGUCUUGCGUAUAUCUUGCCAGUUACAGAACCAAAAACCACUGUAAAAUGUAAGCCUCCCUAAAGCGUGUUUACUCAGAAGUGACUAUAAAAUUAGUACCUGCCAGAUCUGCUCCCAUGUGUUUGAGAAUCCUUUGCUUUUCUGACAAAAACACAUUUGUAUUAACAGUGAGGAACCACUCUAGUGAUGAUAACUCAAGCCUCAGUAUUUAAGUCCAAGGUUCAGUGCAGAAUCUUUAGUAUAAAUAUUGCCCCCCUCACUUCAAGAUUUAUUCAAGAUACUGCAAAGCUUUGAGACAUUUGUCUUCUUCACUUGAUGCUCAAAAGGUAAAAAGCCUUCCUGACAAAAAAGAAACUGAAAAUGAAGAGAGGAAAUUUCACCUUUAUCAGAUAUAUUCAAAGCUGUCCAAACCAAUACUGAAUGUGGCUAUGACAGCAAGGCAUGAAAAACCUCUUAAAGCAAAACUAGGCACCUGCAAGAAAGUCAGCAGGUGUGAAUUCCCCAUCACAUCCCAGGAAGGAGGCUCCUCUAGCUGAGGGAUAAUAUGAGAUACCAGGAGGAUACAGAAUCUCACAACUAACUGAACUCUCAGAAUGGGAAGCUUGGAGGAUGUUACACUGUAAGCAGUAUCUUAGCAAGUAGAUGUAUUAAUAACCUUUUGAUACCAUGAGACAACAGCAAGGAUGUAGUUAAUACCUAAGACAGGCCAUACUUGGGCCAAAUAAAACCAACUGUCUGCAGAUAAACUAGGAUGCUUCCCAGCUAAACCUGAAGCCCUUCUCCAAUGAGCACAGAUUCCUUUUUGCCAUCUGCCUGGCUUGAUUAAUUAGCCAGCACGAGGCUCUUGCAUGUGAGUCACCAAUACCAGAAUGUGUUUAUCUCUACCUCGCAUUCUAGUGUUAAAAAUAAGAGGCACAACCCUUCCCCUCCAUCUGUGGAUCUCAGUGACACAGCCAGCUCUGUCAGAAAUAUCUUUAGGUAGAGCUAUAGAGGGAGAAUCAAAGUGCUGCUGGAGGGAAAAAAAUCAUGUUGACAGGUCCCUCAAUUCAAGUGCCUCUCAGGAAUCUUGCCUUCUCAGGCAGUGUGGGCUGAUGCUUCACCACUCUGCACACCUACUUCCUGCAAUCCUGGCAAUUACCAAUAGUGUAAAACCCAGUUUCUGACGUGGCUGACUCAGCAAGGGCUUGGCUCAAAACAAAUACAUAUGCACAAGGAACUGCAGCCUGGGAAGCAGUGACAAGAGACGGAAGAGAAGAGAGAUGAAGAGAAAGAGAUUUGGUGGAUUUUAACAGCCAUUUCCAAACCAACUUAGCCCUGCCUGGAGUUGCUGCUGCUAACACACAAGCAGUGUCUAGUGUGGUUCUCUGUACCAAGUGCUUCAGCUACCUCUCCUUUCUACCUGCCCAACUCUGCCCUGCUCCAAUACAAGGUAAGUCCCUGUUCUAAAUUCAUUUUUUCUAAUGUUUGCUCAUUUCAAAUUCCUCUCCAGCUAUUUCUUUCACUGUCCUCAGUGUGAAUGGGCUAAUGGCUCCCCUUCCUAUCCACCUAGUGCAGUUUUUGUAUUGUGCCUUUCACCAUGAAAGUGCCUGGUUACCAUGGCAUCAAGUGCCCUUUUGUUCUAGAUGUUGGGUGAAUUUGUUUUCAUUAUGACUGCCUCCCCUUACUGCUCUUCAUUAGUUUAGAUCUGCAGCACAGAUCAAUACACACAGAUCCCACAUUCCUUUCUAUACUAAAAAGGUAAAUUUCCAUAUAAAGAAAAUGGGCUACUGACACCUUACCAUAAGGAUGUGGUAGGGAUGAAUUUGUAUUUCCUAUAAUACCAGCCUCUUUUGAUUUCUUUACCUUCCAGCUACCAGAGUUGGAAGGUAGGAGACUGUUCCUGACUGGGUUUUCGCUAAUCGUUCCAUUAGAGUCCUGAGACUGAUCUACCUUUCCUCAUCUCACCAUGGAUACUUGGCGGAGAGGAUCCAUUAAGUCCUCAACGUUCUUCAAGCGUUUUUCACUCAGGAGGCAUAAAAAGCUGGGCAAUCAAGUCAUCAUCUUGAAUCAGAAUAGCAACACAAUUGACAACGAUGGGCAGUACCACAAGAGGGAACUAAGGGACCUGAAGGACAAAUCGGAAUACCUGUCAUGCCAGAGUGAGCAAAACCUUGCCAAGGCACAGGCACCUCCCAAGCCUCCCCGGUUGUACCUGGACAGUUCCAGCUGCCCCAACAUAAUUGACCACACAGAUUCCCCCUCUAAAGACAUCUCCUUUUCCAAUGCCAACCCUCAGUACCACAAAGCUACUCAAACACAGCAGGCUCACAUCCACAAGGACCAGGCUACAGGCUGGGGGACUGCUGAGAGAGGCUCCCAGACUGGCUCACCUCUUUAUGACCCAUCUGACCCGUUCUUUUCCUUCAAAGUGGACUUGGGGCUAUCACUCCUUGAGGAUGUGCUGCAGACCCUCAGGAAACAGAAUCCCAGAGAUUACACCAUUUGAAAGCACCUGCCAUUUAAUUUAUUGAGCUAAUCAGCAGGACUGACAGAUUUUUAGCCCUAACAGAGGAAGGGAUACCAUUGUAUCCCUUACUCUGAGGGCUUGUCUUAUUGUCUUGCCUUACCUACCACAAACUGCUCCUGUCCUUUCUUACAGAGCUGUCAAUCACCCAACCACAUGCUGGAAUAAAGGGAAGCGUUUCCAUUCUCCAGACUACUCUGAAAAUUUUUCUCCCACUGUUUACCAUGCACCUCAUCCUGGUAAAAGAAAUCACUUUACUUGGCAACACAGAGACUUACUAUUUUUGGAACAUAAUUGAGACUACAGAAGGUGUGGGAAUCGAGGUGGAUGGAACAUGAUUCAUGGGUUACUGGACAAUCUGGAUGUGAAGGUAGCUCCCACAUUUCAAAGCUAUAGCUGAGGAAUUGAGAACCUGUCCAAAGAGAGAAACUGGAGUGUUUACCCAUAUCACAAGUGGAGAUUCUACAUAUGAAGAUUAAGGAUGUUCCUUUUUCUGGUGGGUUUCUUUCCCAAUAGCUCUAGUGUGAUGGGCAUUCAUAGUCACCUUGUCAUUGAAAACAGGUAAGCAGCCAGAAAGACUCCUAAUAUAGGAUCAGCAAAUUCUCCAUCCUGCUAGCAGGAGAAGGAGCUUCUGUAGAUAUUGCUUUCUGGAGCUUGUUCUGAAUAAUCAGCUGUAAAGAUAUACGCGAGAAUAAAUGUAUCUGUUCUAA